UACUGGACUCAUUCCAUGGAAAAAAUAAACAUUGUAACUGAAUUUAUUUUCCAGGGCCUUUUUCAGAACCCACAGGUUGAAGCAGCCUGCUUUGUGGUGUUCUCCUUCUUCUACACAGUCAUUUUUCUGGGAAAUUUCCUCAUCAUGCUGACCAUCUUCAUGGGAAAUCUUCUGAAGACUCCCAUGUAUUUCUUCCUCAACUCCUUGUCAUUUGUGGACAUUUGCUUCUCUUCGGUCACAACCCUCAAGAUGAUUGUUGACCUGCUAGCAAAGAAGAAAACUAUCUCAUUUGUGGGGUGCAUGCUACAAGCUUUUGGGGUGCAUUUCUUUGGUGGCACUGAGAUCUUCAUCCUCAUAGUAAUGGCCUAUGAUCAUUAUGUGGCCAUCUGUAAACCCCUGCACUACAUGACCAUCAUGGACUGGGAGAGGUGCAGCAAAAUAUUGUUGGGGACCUGGGUAAGUGGAUUCUUGCAUUCCAUUAUCCAAGUGGCUCUGAUAGUCCACCUAGCCUUCUGUGGACCCAAUGAGAUCGAUCACUACUUUUGUGAUGUCCGUCCUGUACUCAAACUUGCCUGCACAGACACCUAUGUUAUUGGUGCUGUUGUGACAGCCAACAGUGGUACUGUCACUCUGGGGAGUUUUGUAUUUUUGCUCAUCUCCUAUAGUGUCAUUCUGGUGUCUCUGAGAAAGCAGUCAGCAGAAGGAAGACGCAAAGCUCUGUCCACCUGCAGUGCCCACAUUGCGGUGGUCAUCAUCUAUUUUGGUCCCUGUGUGUUCACAUACAUGCGCCCUAAUGUGACCUUCUCAGAGGAUAAGAUGGUGGCUGUGUUUUACACCAUCAUCACUCCCAUGCUAAAUCCUAUGAUUUAUACUCUGAGAAAUGCAGAAGUAAAGAAUGCCAUGAGGAAAUUGUGGAGUGGAAGGUUUUCGAGAACGCUAAUGGCAAAUAGUUGGAAGUAA